AAGUAAUAACACGUUUUUGUAGAAAUCGCUUUAUCGCAUGAAAUUUUUCUCUGCGGUGUGUGCUGCUCAAUCCUUUCCCUAAUGGCAGUUUCGUCGUCUGCAAUUGUCUCUCCUUUACUUAUCAACAUCAGGACCAAUCUCAGUUCUUCCUCUCCCGAUCUACCUCUCUUCAGCAUCUUCCGCAAAACGACCACUCGAAAACCGUCCGUUGUCAUUUUGUCCUGCAAAUCGGAGGAUGGAUUGGCGAACGAGGAGAAGAAGCUGUUGCUUGAACGAUACGGUUAUGAUGCCAAUGAGUUUGUAUCAGAACCCUCUCCCAAGACGACUAGGAGGAGAAAGGAACUCCAAAAGACGGGAAAAGGAAAGCAAGUCUCACCAGAGGAUCCAAAGCCACCGAGGACAACUCAUAAAUUGCUUCAGGUGCUUGGAGGAAAGGCUCGAAGAAAGAAGUUGCUCUCACCAAAGGGCAUGGAUGUUCGUCCAAUGAUGGAAGUUGUAAAAGGUGCAGCCUUUGAUAUUUUGCAGGUGGCUGGUGGCUGUCCUGCAUCUUUGAGGCCUGGGCGCUGGUUAGACUUGUAUAGUGGUACAGGAUCUGUUGGGAUUGAAGCUCUUAGCCGUGGAUGUUCUGAGGUACAUUUUGUCGAGAUGGACCCUUGGGUUGUGUCAGAUGUUCUGCGGCCAAAUUUAGAGUGGACUGGGUUUCUUGACGUUUCAGUUAUUCAUACCGUGCGUGUUGAAAAUUUCUUGGAACGGGCAAUGCAGUUUGUAGGUAAAGAUCAAUCAUUUGAUUAUAUUAGUGUUACCCCUCCCUAUACAGAAGUGGAUUAUGAGGUAUUGAUGGGUCAAAUCUCAAGUUCAGCCUUAGUUGGAGAAGAUACCUUCAUAGUGGUCGAGUAUCCUUUAAGAAUUGACAUGCUGGAUUCAUGUGGAUGCCUUGUGAAGAUAGCUGACCGACGGUUUGGUCGGACUCAUUUGGCAAUUUAUGGACCCAAGUGGGCACAGAAGAGGAGGAAGUCAGAAAAGUCAUUUCCGGUGGUAGCAGAAAAAAUGAUUGCAAAUGGAAGGUUGAAAGUAUAAAAAUGGUUAUGCAAGUAGAUGUCAUCCACAACUCUAAAUGCUAUUGAGGUGGUGUAAUAAUAUUCACUCCUAUCAACUUUGAUCAAGCCACACCAACUUUGGUGGGUCUUCAUG